AUGAGAUCAAGGCGUGCCCGAGAGCACUCGCUGAAGCCCUCCUUACCGGCGCUGUUUUUCGACGUCAUGGGGAAGAUGAAGAACUUGAGCAAGAUCGAAUGGAUGAUAAGGGGCGUCGACGAGAAUGCGGUCAUCGGCAGGGCCUUUAUCGAGGACGGGAGACGGUUGCCUGGUGUGAAGCACCUUAUCUCGACCAUGAAUGCGCCAUGGCUUAUCGAUGCCUGCCCUUCACUGACCUCUCUCGAAGCGAAACGGGAUGAUUAUGUCUGGGUAGAAGCUGCGCACACGAGGGAUGUGGCCUGGUUCGCUGCCGCGUGGAGACUCAAAGGCCUGAGGAAGCUUGAUAUGGGAGAAGUCGAGUGGACGGGCACGAUGACUGAUUAUGAGCGUACUUCGAGAUACCCCUCACAUUGA